CGUGUCAGACCUGAACAUUCACAUCGCGGCGGCUGCGGAAGCUUGUAUUUUUUUUCAUUCGUAUUCACUUUCGCCAUUGACAGAAGAUAUAGCCGAUAUUCGACUUCGGUCAACAGCAUCGUCAUAGCUCUACAUCUGUAGAUUCGACUGGACGUAACCGAGCACCAGACUUUUCGCUCAACAUGGACGUCGAGUGUCAAUGCGGCACGGUUACGUUCAAGACCCCAGCACCAGAGCCACUCGAUAUCUACUGCUGCCACUGCUUGCAGUGCCGCAAGCAAUCCGCUUCAACAUUCGGUACAUCGGCAAUCUUCCCCGCCAAUGGCCUCUUCCCUCUCUCGGGGGAUCUCAAAUCAAAGCUCCAAGUCUGGACUCGUCCUACAAAGAGCGGCGGGUACAUGGAUUGCUACUUCUGCCGGCUAUGCGGGACCCGGGUCUUCCAUCGCACUCACAAUGAGAAGGGAGUACCUAAUUCGACGGUCAGUAUCAAAGGGGGGUUGAUCUCGGGACUCGAGAUGGAUAGUGGAAAGCAUAUCUGGACGAGCGGCGCGGUCAUGAAGGUUCCCGAUGGUGCCGAGAAGUACGACGAAUCUCCGCCUGCAACGCCCCACAGCAAGGGUUCAAAGGCUUAGGAAACCUCAAGGUAUGAGUAUUUGUUGGCAGUCCUCAUUCGACUUUGUAAAGACGCUCACCUGCUCGGAUAGAGAAUGUCCUUGGAUCUAGGGUAC